UUAUUGUUAUUAUUUUUAGGGGGGAACAUAACCUUAAAGGUGUUGAAAGAAAAAUGCAGUGCCACGACGCAAAUAUAAAUUUGCCACAUAAUAUAAGUGUUUAAAUUAGCAUAAAACUAAAUGCAUAUCUAUUUAGACGUAAGUUACCUAGCGAAGAGAAUUAGAAAAUAAAAUUUGAUUUCCAGAAAAAGCACAAUGAAAAGAAGAUGAAGAGGAACGUGAUCAGUGUUAUUAAAUUUAUCAUUUUGUCAAUAUUCACAAUUUUCAUUACAAUUGUCAUCUUUCGUUUUUUGAGAUCAUCAAAAACUUCUGCUCCAUCUUCAUCGCAAUUUUUGCAAAUUGAGGAACCGAUAAUUAAAGAAGUUCGAGUCAAUAAUAAUGAGGUGCACGAUGAGGAGAAAAUCGAUUGGCACGAUCUCGAAAAAAUACAGCAGGAAUCAAAAAGAAAGGGAACCGGUGAGCAUGGAAUUGCAGCUUCUCUCUCGCCCUCUAAGGAUAAUUUAAAAGAAAAAUUAUACAGCGUUAAUGGAUUUAAUGGCGCUCUCAGCGAUGAGAUUUCUCUAAAUCGAUCGAUUCCCGACAUAAGACAUCCGCAAUGUAGAAAAAAAAAAUAUUUGAAAACACUUGAUUCUGCAUCAAUUAUCAUUUCGUUUCACAAUGAGCAUUUCAGUACUUUGAUGCGAACAUGCUGGAGUGUUAUUAAUCGUUCGCCACCAUCUCUUUUGGAAGAAAUAAUUCUCGUCGACGACGCCAGUACAAAGGUGGAAUUAAAAUCAAAACUCGACGAUUAUGUUGGGAAAAAUUUAUCAAAAGUCAAAAUAAUAAGACUGAAGAAACGUUCGGGUCUUAUUCGUGGACGUUUGGCGGGGGCGAAACUGGCGAAAGGGAAAAUUCUCGUUUUUCUCGAUUCACACACUGAGGCGAAUGUUAAUUGGUUGCCACCGCUUCUUGAGCCAAUUACGAAGAAUUAUAAAAUUUGCGUUUGUCCAUUCAUUGAUGUCAUUGAUUUCGAGACAUUUCAAUAUCGAGCUCAGGAUGAGGGCGCACGGGGUGCUUUUGAUUGGCAAUUGUUUUAUAAGCGAUUGCCAUUGCUUCCGGAGAAUUUGAAGAAGCCUUCGGAACCUUUUAAGAGUCCUGUAAUGGCCGGGGGAUUGUUUGCAAUCAGCGCUUAUUUCUUUUGGGAACUCGGAGGAUACGAUCCGGGAUUGGAGAUUUGGGGAGGUGAACAGUAUGAAUUGUCAUUUAAAAUAUGGCAAUGUGGCGGAGAAAUGUACGAUGCACCUUGCUCGAGAGUGGGACAUAUUUACAGGAAAUUUUCUCCUUUCCCGAAUAGUGCUAAGGGAGAUUUUCUUGGACGAAAUCAUAAAAGAGUCGCCGAGGUGUGGAUGGACGAAUACGCGGAAUUUAUUUACAAAAGACUACCUCACCUUCGAACAAUGGAUCCAGGCGAUUUAACCGAACGAAAAGCAUUGCGCGAGAAACUUCACUGUCGCUCAUUCAAAUGGUUCAUGGAAAAAGUUGCAUUCGAUCUUGAAGACGUCUAUCCCGCUAUUGAACCAGAAGAUUUUGCCAGCGGCGAAAUAAGAAACAUUGAAUUAUCAAAUUAUUGUCUCGACGCAAAAAAGCGCAGUCGCGACGAGGAAGUUGUUUUAGAUUUAUGCUCAAAGGACAAUACAAAUAAAAUAAUUGGUGGUGAGCAAAAAUUUCGACUCACCUGGCACAAGGAUAUUCGUCCCGAGGGUCGUGAUUUAUGUCUGGAUGUUUCAUUGGGCGACAUUGAAUCGCCAGUGACAUUAUAUCCGUGUCACGGCGGUCAGGGCAAUCAACUUUGGCGUUAUAAUUUGAAAACAAAAUGGUUAGUUCACGGAAGUAGUAAUUCAAGAUGUCUCGAUGCCGAUCCAGAGAGGAAAAAGGUAUUUGUCACAAAAUGCGAUUCAUCCUCAGCCACGCAGACUUGGAAAAUAGAGAAGGUAAAUAUUAAAUCGAUGAAUAAUUGGGAAAAUAUUGGACCGAAAAAGACGUAAGCAAAUUAGACUGACAAUAAAAGAAAAAUUUUUAUUAAAUAAUUAAAAAUAUAUUUUACAAUAAAAAUUGAAUUUUCAAUAUUCAGUUAUUACUCUCAAUGCAGAAGGAAAAUGAAAGUAUUAAUAAUGCAUUUUUUCUUUUGAGAAUAUAUCAAAACUCGACGAUGAGAUUUCAGGAAAUUUGACUAGAUUUAUUAAAAAAGAAGUAAAUGUGUUAUUUAAAAUUUUAAUUGAAAUUAAUAUAGAUAUUUGUUACAUUUUGAAUUUAUGAUUUUAAAAUUAUUUUACGCAAUUAGGAUAAAUACCGAAUGUUUAAAAGAAAUAUUUUGCUCAAUAAGGUAUUUACCACUUUGUACUAGUCAUUUUUAUGUUAGUGCAAAAUUGAAAUUGUAGAAUAGACGACGUAAUUUUUUUUUAACGAUUAAUUAAGUAUUCCUAAAGUUUUGUUUAAUUAAAAGUUAAAAUUAACUGUUUGAAAUAAAAGGAUAAAAGUUUACAUUUUUUUAUAAAACAGAAAAAGGGCACUAGAUAUGAGAAAUGUUUCUCUAAUUUUACAACUGUGCCUUAAAGGAAAUUAUUUGUAAAAAUAUUUAUAACAAGUGAUAACACAUAAGGCUGUUGAAUCAAAUACAUCGGCUGUUAAUUAUUAAUUAUUAUAUUAAUUAUUAAUUACUAAUUAACUUAUCGUUAUUGAGCUAAUUGUAUCUACUCUCAGUUUUUACUAUUUUCUACAAUGCAAAAUAUCAUCAGCAUAUCUUUAAAAUAUAAAUAAAAUUAUAAACUCGA